UGUGACUACUAUUUUUGUAAGGAGGUUAGAAUUUGUGUGGUUUACUUGGUUACUGUGAAGCAGUGAAUGAAAAGAUUUCGUAACAUAUCGCAUAUGGUGAAAUAUGCAAUAUCUUUGGCAGUUUUAAAUAUCCAAGUUCUUCAAACUUUUAAGCAUUGCUUAACAUCUAUAGAAAAUCAAAAGUAGCACAUAUGAGAUAACCGCGUAAAUUUAUUAUUAAAGUUUUAUAUAUAUAUAUACUUCGGUGAAAAAUCAUAUUUAUAAGAGAUAUGGCGAACUUAGUUUUCAUGAUAUGUUUCUGGAAAUCGUGGAAUUCCUAUAUCACAUACUAGAUAUGGUUCAGUACUAUAUGUUUAGAAAGAAUGUAAUAAGUUUAUUUGUGCAAACUAUUGAAAGCUACAGUAAAAUUUCUGUAUGCCAUACCAUACCAUUUUACUUUGAGCAGAAUUCAAAAAACACCAUGCGGAUCUCUCAUUUGCGAAAAGAAAUAUUUAAAAAGGUUUUCAUGCAUGGCCACACAGGAAAGAAGCCUUGUGCGUAUGAAAUAUGUAAUCAUUCAUUUAAAUGAAAACGUAGUUCAAACAUGUGUAUGCUUAUUCACACAGGAGAUAAAUUUUAUGGAGCUGUGUAGUAGACGAUUUAACCUAAAAUGCGAGUUAAAUGUGCAUAGACUAAUCUACAGUGGAGAUAAAACCUCAUGUAUAUGAGGAAUGUAACGAGUCAUUUCAACAAAAGAUUGAGUUACACGAACAUAUAUGUAUUCACAGAGAGAAACUUGAUGUGUGCAGGGAAUGUAAUAAGUUAUUUGCGCAAAAGGAUCAAUUAAGCAAGCAUCUCCUCAUCCACAUAAGAGAGAGAUAUUAUGUGUAUAAGAUAUCAUUUAGGGAAAACAAUCAUUUAAAUCAACAUACACUUAUUCGCACAGGAGAGAAACCUCAGGUAUGUGAGAUAUGUAAGAAGUCAUUUGCACAAAAGAGUGCUUUAAACAGGCAUAUGCUUAUUCACACAAGACCUCAUGUGUGUGAAUUAUGUAACAAGUCAUAUAGACAAAAAUCUCAAUUAAAUGUGCAUUUGUUUGCUCACACAGGAGAGAAACCUCAUAUGUGGGAACUAUGUAACAAGUCAUAUAAACAAAAAUGUAAUUUAAACAUUCAUUUGCUUACUCCCACAGGAGAGAAACCUCAUGUGUGUGGGGUAUGUAGCAAGUCAUAUACACAAAAAUCAAAUUUAAACAAGCAUAUGCUUAUUCACACAGGACAGAAACCUUAUAUGUGUGAAGUAUGUAACAAGUCAUACAGACAAAAAUGUGAUUUAAGCAUGCAUUUGCUUACUCACACAGGAGAGAAACCUCAUGUGUGUGAGGUAUGUAACAAGUCAUAUACACGAAAAGGUGAACUAAACAGGCAUAUGGUUAUUCACACAUUAGAGAAACCUCAUGCUUGCAAGGAAUGUAAUAAGUUAUUUAAACAAAAGUAUGAAUUAAGCAAGCAUAUGGUCAUCCACAUAAAAGAAAGACAUUAUGUAUGUGAGGAGUGUAAGAUGUCAUUUAGGAAAAAAAGCCAUUUAAAUCAGCAUACACUUAUUCAUACAGGACAGAAACCUCAUGUAUGUGAGAUAUGUAAUAAGUCAUUUAGAGUAAAGCAUGGUUUAAACGACCAUCUGCUUGUCCACACCAGAGAGAAACCUUAUGUGUGUUUUGUAUGUAAGAAGACAUUUGCAAGAAAGAGUGCUUUAAGCAAGCAUAUGCUUAUUCACACGGGAGAGAAACCUCACGUAUGUGAGGUAUGCAACAAGUCAUAUACACAAAAAGGCGAUUUAAACAAGCAUAUGCUUUAUUCACACAGGAGAGAAACCUUAUGUGUGUGAGGUAUGUAACAAGUCGUAUAGACAAAAAUCUAAUUUAAACAAGCAUAUGUUUAUUCACAAAGUAGAAAAACCUCAUGUGUGUGAAAUAUGUAACAUGUCAUUUGGACAAAAGUAUUAUUUAAAUAACCAUAUGCUUAUUCACACAGAAGAGAAACCUCAUGUGUGUGAAGUAUGUAACAAAUCAUUUAGACGAAAGGCAGAUUUGAAUAAUCAUAUGCUUAUUCAUACUGGAGAGAAACCGCAUAUGUGUGAGGUUUGUAACAAAUUAUUCAGAUUAAAGAAGUAUUUAAAUGAGCAUAUGGUAAAUCACACAGGAGAGAAACCUCAUGUGUGUAAGGUAUGUAAUACAUCAUUUGGACAGAAGGGUAAAUUAACCAAGCAUAUGCAUAUUCAUACAGGAGAGAAACCACCUCAUAUAUGUAAGGUGUGUAACACAUCAUUUGCACAAAAGGGUAAAUUAGCCAAGCAUAUGCAUAUUCACACAGGAGAGGAACCUCACAUUAAAAAAUCAUUUGUACUAAAGGGUACCAAUGACCAUACAUGUAUCGACAUUGGAAAGAAACCUCUUGUUUGAGGUAUGUAGCAAAUCAUUUAGAUCAAGGUUUCUUAAAUAUUUUUCGGUCUUUACACCUUUCAUCACUGAAAUUUUUUCGCGUCACCCAGGAUCCCCAUAAUAUUUACCAAUAUGUUGUGGGACCAUGUAGGUAUUGCGCUAAUCCAACACAUGCGUGAGUGAAACUGUCAAGUUUUUCACUUGUACUGUAAUAUACUAUUGCAGUUUUUGGUCAUUAACUUUAAUUUCUAAUUUUAAGACAUAGAACAAUGGGAAAAUUUUAAAUGAGCAACAGGUGAAAUGACAGCGUCACGUGCAAAGCAAGGAAAAUGAACGUUUAUAUUAUAAAAAGAAUGCGUCAAAACAUUUUCAUUUUUUUCAUUGUCUUACCUUUAUCUAUCUUCAGAUACAUUGUAUAAAAAUAUUUGGUAAUUGUAAAAUUAUUAUAAUAAGUUAAAGAAAUAUCAAAACUGCUGAAAGGUUUAGCGACACCCUGCUGCAGGUUCCGCAACCCCCACAGUUUAAGAAAUCCUGAUUUACGUAGAGAAAUUUUUUAAGAAACAUGUUUAUUGACACAGAAUAGAAGCUUUUGAGUUAACAAGAACCUUUACAUAUUGUGUGCAUUAAGAGCUUUUUCCUUGUGUGUAUAUAACUUGUAAUUUCAUCUAAAAUAUUAAUCAUUUAUUGACUUCUAUAAGAGAAAAACUUCUUGUGUGCAAGAUAAGUCACAAUCCACAUGGUUUAUCUUGCAAAAUUGUAUUCAACGAAUGCAAACUUUAAGCAACAUUUGCUUAUCCACGAUAUUUAACAAGUCUUCCUGUGAAGCAGAACAAGGAUAAAUUGAUUAGUUUUGAGACAAAUCCAGUUAUUCAGAAUCAAGUGAAUUUAUGUUUCUCACAUUCUUCUCUUUCCCAAAUAUAAAUCCAUCACACUGAAUUCCACUUUGCUUAUGAUGUUGAUAAAACUUUGAAUUUUGAAAUAUUAAAUGUUAUUGUAAAAA